AUUAAGUAUAUCUACAGGAGUUAUUACAAAUGCACUAGUGCUGGAUGCAGUGUUCGCAAGCAUGUUGAGAGAGCUUCAACGGACCCAAAAGCUGUCAUAACUACGUAUGAGGGAAAACAUAAUCAUGAUGUCCCCGCUGCCAGGAAUAGCAGCCACAACACAGUGAGCAACAAUGCAUCACAGUUAAAACCACAGCAAGCAGUUGCUGGGAAGUAUCCUUUACUUAGGGACAUGGACUUUGGAAGCAGUGACAAAAGACCAGUGCUUCUUCAGCUAAAGGAAGAGAAGAUCACAGUACCGCCAUUUUCUUCUUUCUUUCCCCCCCUUUUUUUCUUGCCUCCCAUUUGGCCUGAUGUGGGGAUUGAUUCCCCAUAUUGGACCCAUUUCCGGAUCUGGGUCGGUCUCAGCUCCGGGAAAUCGUUAAUGGGUUGCAUCAAUUCCAAGAAUGCCACUUCUGUGGUGGCUGCCUCCCCUGUUCCUAACAGAAGCAAAUCGUCUGGUCUCGUACGGGGUUUCUCCACCAAGGAUUCAUCUUCCCAUGCCAAUUCCAAAUCUUUUCAGCACAGGGACGACGAUUUUACGUCGAGAGACAGCCAUACCCACAGUCAGGCUCAUACCCAGCGAAGCGGUAGCCGCCGCUUUGGGAAAUCCAAGAAGGGGACCUCCAACAAUGGCAGGAGUGGCGUUAGUUUAAAACUUGCCUUGUCUCAUGGGAAUGUGGCAGCCGAGCAGAUUGCAGCCGGUUGGCCCGCGUGGCUUAGUGCCGCUGCCAGCGAGGCCGUUCAUGGGUGGGUGCCUCUCCGUGCUGACGCAUUUGAGAAAUUGGAGAAGAUUGGGCAAGGUACAUACAGCAGCGUGUUCCGGGCACGUGAAGUUGAAACUGGGAAGAUGGUUGCCUUAAAGAAGGUGCGCUUCGACAAUUUUCAGCCAGAGAGCAUUAGAUUUAUGGCACGUGAAAUAUUGAUUCUCCGCAGACUUGACCAUCCAAAUAUCAUGAAGUUGGAGGGGUUAAUUACAUCUCGAUUAUCAAACAGCAUAUAUCUUGUAUUUGAAUAUAUGGAACAUGAUCUUGCUGGAUUAUCAUCUUGCCCUGACAUCAGGUUCACUGAGUCACAGGUGAAGUGUUACAUGAAGCAGCUACUUUGGGGACUGGAGCAUUGUCAUUUACGAGGUGUAGUGCAUCGCGACAUUAAGGCAUCAAACAUUUUGGUAAACAACCAAGGAAUUUUGAAAUUGGGAGAUUUUGGAUUGGCAAACAUCGUCACCCCAAGGAACAAGAGUCAGCUAACUAGUCGUGUAGUGACUUUAUGGUAUCGAGCUCCUGAACUGCUUAUGGGGUCAACAAACUAUGGAGAAAUGCAAGAGAAUACUGGAGUUUCUCAUAGAAAUAAUGGUGGUAAUGCACCUAUUCAUAAGGGACGAGAUAGCGAGAUAAGUAGAGGAGCAUUAAAUACAUUAAUGUCUGAUACCAUGUCGGAGACGACACAAGGGACGGCUAGCACUCAAGGGGAUUAUCUCUACACAGGCCUAUCACAAACCACAGCACCAAGCGGCUUCACUUGGGGGAAAAAGCGAAAAGACGAUGCAAUAUCUACAUUAACAUACAAUCAACCCAGCUCAAUGAGCAAAAUUAGUGCAUCAAGCAUGAUCUUUGCAAAUAAUACUUUCAGGUUGACAAGUAAAGAGACUGACAAUACUUUACAUAGGACUCAUACCGAGAACCUUGGGCGUGAGUUAUACAAGAUCACCACAGGUUCAACACUAAUGAGGCAAAACCUUUUUGAUGAGCAAGAUUCUUUACCAGCAUCUAGUUUAUACUUUUCUCAGAAAGAAAUCUCUCCAACAAACCAUCUGGAUUACAAGAACAAAACAACAUCAGGGCCACUACUAUCUGAAGCUCAUAGAAUCGAUCAAAUCUUGCAAAAGAAUGAAACCAACAUACGUCGAGCAGCUCGGAGACCAUGAAGUGAGAGUGAAGAGAACAAGAUGAUGGGUUUAAGCAUACAGUGCCUGCAUAGAAUUGGUAGAGACAACAACACUGGCCAACAAAUUUAUUGAUUCAUUUGAUUCAGAGCCUGUUUCUUCAUAUAUCACUUUUUAAUGUACAGCAUUGGCACGCUUUUGUUUUUCAGCCCAAGCAGAAAAAGUAUGGGCUCAUAUAAUCACUGAAUUUAGAACAGAAAUAGUUUAAUUCUUUUUUCCGUUUUUUUUUUCUUUUUUCUUUCACUUGGAAAUUAAAUCUAAAAUGGCAGCAACUAAAAAAGAUCAUCACUUUCCAUUACCCAUUUCCCGUCAUAUUCAGAAAACAAAAAACUCACCUUUUUAGCUUCUUGAAUAUAGACACAUUUUUAACAUUCGUGAAAGAAAUAAAUUCAGUGUAAAACAUAACUAAGAAGCUUGGGAAAACAUGACUCGUAUUUCUAAAAGCCCUGAAAACUAGAAGAAAAAUUGAAGGGAAGAAAAAGAGGAAGGAAGAUAUAUAGAAGGAAUUGAUUUGAGCAAAGAAAAGUAAAAGAAAAAUGUAGGGAAAUCCGGUCGCUUUGGCAGCAAAGAAUAGAGUUGCAGAGCGGCCAUGGAAUCCCAAAAUGUAUAAUGUACGCCUAUCACACCACCAUUCGGUGCGCCACACUGGAACCUCUCUCCGUGGAAUACCACGCCACCU